AUGGAAUCAAACGAUAGCAACACAAAAGAUUGUUCUACUAUAUAUCGUUUUCAAUUUGCAAGUAUAGCUUUUUUAUGUAGUGUUUAUCUUCCAUUUACAUUUCAUUCAAAUAUAUGGUCACUUUAUACACAACCAUUUACAUCAGUUAAUUGUUCAAUGAAUAAAAAUCCAGUUAUUUCUGGAUUAACGUUAAACACCCGAAUAAAAUCAAUACUUCCAAUUCUAAUAAAAAACUAUAAUCGAUCGGAUUGUUGUCCAUGUAAGGAAAUUCUUAAGGGGAAUAUCAAUGAUAAACGUUUAAGGGGUCUUCUUUUACUUGGCUUUAUAAUGGUUAUUGAAUCAUGUGAAUAUAAACAUCGAGCACAAAUUGGUUGUCUUCUUCUUGCUUCUAUACCUAUUUUUGGUAUUAUUAUUGGUGUUACUUAUUUUUUUCUAUUAGAUUGGCGUCAUAUGCAAUUACUUGGUAUUAUUUUAAAUAUCGGAUUAUUAUUUUUUUUUAAAUCUUACUCUUUAAAUUUAGGUGCAUUGAUCACUACAUUAGCACUUUGUUAUCCAUGGUUAAUACCAGAAUCUCGUCGAUGGUAUGUGAAUAGUAAUCGUAUAUCACGUGUCAAUAAACUUUUACAAUUAUGUUCGAGUAAACAAACACCAACAUUAAGUUUAAAUAAAGUUGGUUCACCGGCACCAGCAACUAUGAUUUAUGAUAAACCAAUUUUGUCAACAAAUACUCGUCGUAUUCAAACAGGUUCAAUAUCAUGUUUAUUAAUAAAUCAACAACUUCGUACAAUUACUUGUUGUUUAUUUAUACUCUGGUUUCUUUCAUCAUUCUGCUAUCGAUGCAUCUUUUUUCCAACAAUACUUUCACAUCCAACUAUAAAUUUUGUUUUGAUGAAUGCUACUGAGUUUUUUUCAUUUAUUAUUGCGCUUGUUGUUGCUUAUAAAAUUGGUCGUCGAGCUCCAUUAGCGGUACUUAUUUUAAUUAGUGGUAUUUCUUCUGUUUCAUUAGCAAUUGCAUUACUUGAAACAGGACAUGCAUGGCUUGAAAUAACAUUAUCUUUUGUUGCUCGUGUUUGUUUACGAACGUGUUAUUGUCUUUUGAUUUUAUUUACAGCUGAACUUUAUCCGACAUCAGUUCGAGCGACUGGUUUGGCUAUUGGACUUUCUGGUGAAGUUAUAGCACAAAUUUCAGUUGAACUUCUUCUUUAUUUUACCAUUGAUCGAUUAUUACUUUUAUUUAUAUCUGGUGGUACGCUAUGUCUUUGUUGCUGUUUGAUAUUACCAUUACCUGAAACAAUACUCUAUGAUAUACCUGAUACACUUAAUGAUCUUCAAUCAAUGAAACGUUCAAUACAAGAUGAAAAUGGCAAUAAAAUAUUACAAAAUAAUUCUCAUUAUCAUAUGAUCGAUUCAAAUACACUUACACUUCCUCGUAUAUCAGAAUCAAAUACAAUAGCAUCAGAUCUUAAUGAUUUAUCUUCAUUACAUGCUAAAAUAAUUAUAAAAUCACAACAACAAGAAGAUGGUGAUGAAAAAAGUCUAACGAUUCGUUCUCAACCUGAAACAAUUCAAUUACAUUCAAAUACAUCAUCAAUAAAAGGUUUAUCUAAUCCACUUUAUUUUGCAUCAUUAAAUGAUACAAUCGAUCAAUUUGAUAUUGAACAACAAGCAAAUAAUCGAGUAGUGAUUAGUAUUCGAGGUGCACAAAAUAAUAAUAACAAUAAUAACAAUAACGAAGAAGAACGAGAAAAUACAAAGUUUUAA